UGUUCAGGUUAAUCCUGGAGGAGGAGGGAGAGGGAGGGGGACACUGAUGUGAUGAUUGAUCCUGUCAUCAGAAUCACAUGGUUUCUGUUCUAAGGAGGAGAAAAUGAGAGGGGGACAAGAUAGAGGGGGAGAGAGAGCAGACAGAGUGGUAGAGAAGGGGAGGAGAGAUAGAGAGUCCUGAACUGACUGGAGGAGCCGCUGGGAAAACCUCCACUGUGACCUGCUUGCUUUCUGGCUUCCUUGUGGUUUGGUUCUCAUUGUGUACAACAGAAGGUUCUUUGUUCUGGUUCUUGUAGUUUAGGACAGAAGGUUCUGGUUAUUGGUUAUCAUGGUGUAGGAUAGGAGGCUGUUGGCUCUCCUUCUUGAGGUGUAGAACAGAAGGCUCUGGUUCCAGACUGUAAUUGUGUAGAGCAGAAGGAUCGGGUUCCUGACUGUGAUCGUGUAGAGCAGAAGGUUCUGGAUCCUGACUGUGAUCGUGUAGGACAGGAGUUUCUGGUGUUUCUGUUCUUCAGCUGAAUGGACGCUACGGACAGUCCUGCAACACGCCGAAGGAAGGCAAAGGGGAUGUUUGGUCUGAAGGUGAAGAAGAAGAAGAAGGUGAACACUGGCCUGGUGCUGACCAAUGAGGGGGCCUUAGAUGUAGAAACAGCCUCCAGUUCUUCAGCUCCUUUUGAGGAGGGGAGGACAAAGGAGGAGGUGCCAGGCGUCUCCCCCAAUCCUCCUCCCCCACACCCACCCUCCACCAAGAGGUGUCCUCUGAACACUCAAAUCCAGAAAGAAGACAGCAAGCCGCAGAGCUUCCAGGUGGCUGUUAACAUCACUGAGGCUAGGCAGCUGGUGGGUGAGAAUAUGGACCCCAGCGUGGUCAUCGAGAUCGGAGACGAGAGGAAACAGACGUCCGUUAAAGAGGGAACCAACGCCCCCUUCUUCAACGAGUACUUUGUGUUUGACUUCUUCGCCCAUCAAGAGCUGUUCUUCGACAAGGUCAUCCGGCUAUCAGUGGUCCAUUCCAAGAUGUUAAGGAGUUUUUCUGUUGGGACCUUUAAGCUUGACGUGGGCACAGUUUAUCGGCAGCCAGGUCACCAGUUCACCAAUAAGUGGGCGGUGCUUACUGACCCGAGUAACCUCAGCAUAGGGGUCAAAGGUUACGUGAAGUGUGACAUCAGCGUGUCAGGGAAGGGCGAUACCACGCCCCCUGGACAGAAGGCCAGCGAUGCAGAGGAAGUGAUCGAGAAGAACCUGCUGCUCCCAGAGGGUCUGCCGGGGGAGCGGCCCUUGGCCCGCUUCUACGUCCGGGUCUUCAGGGCAGAAGGCCUUCCCCGCAACAACUCCAGCAUCAUGGCCAACGUGACCAAGGCCUUCAUCGGAGACGCCACGGCGCUCAUCGACCCCUACGUGGUGGUCAGCUUUUUCAGGCAGACCGGCCGCACGUCCACCCAGAAGUCAACGGCGGACCCUGUGUGGAACGAACAGAUCGUCUUCAGGGAGUUGUUCCCUCCGCUCUGUCAGAGGAUGAAGAUCCAGGUCUGGGAUGAGGGCAGUAUGAAUGACGUUGCUAUAGGAACCCACUACAUCGACCUGAGACGCAUAUCCAAUGAACAGGAUGGAGACAAAGGUUUCCUGCCUACCUUCGGUCCGGCUUGGAUCAAUCUGUAUGGAUCUGCCCGUAACUUCUCAUUGGUUGACGACAAUCCCGAGCUUAACGAAGGCAUAGGAGAGGGCGUGUCUUACAGGGGGCGUGUCUACCUGGAGCUGGCAGUAGAGAUCCUGGCGGGGGGGACGGGCUCGGAGCCCAAACUCAGCCGAUUGGUCAAACCAAAAGAGUCCAAGGGGGGGAAGAGCGGGGGCAAGGAGGUCAAGACUACUGCAGGUGGAGCAGGAGGAGCAGGAGGAGGGGGGGCUGAGGAGGACAAGGGGAAGGCAGAGGUCUUACCUGCAGAGCCCCCGCCACAGCUGAACGAGGAGGACAAAGAAAGCUUCCUGCUCUUCGGUUGCGUGUUUGAAGCCACGCUCAUCGACAGGAAGAUUGGAGACAAGCCAAUCAGCUUUGAGCUUUCCGUCGGUAACCACGGCAAUGUGCUGGAGAACCCCUGCUCGUCGGGCGGGGGCUCCGGGGGCAGCAGGAGGUCUCUCCCGGAGAACCCGGACAGGCUGGCCCCCUCUCCCUCCUCCUCCUCCCCCCUCCUGACUGGGGGGACCCCUGACUCCUAUCGCAGGUCUGCGCUGGGUGGAUGCACCCCUGAUUUUCCAAGGAAGUCUCUGCUAGCUGGGGUGACCCCAGAGCCCCCGAGGAGGUGUUCUCCACAGACCCAGACCGACUCCUGCACACCUGCAGAGAAACCCCUCCUUGCCCAGGGAAGCAAGUUCUACCUGCAUCUGCCUCUGAGCCAGAAGCCGUGUGUGCAGGUGGUCAGUCUCUGGGAGGACAGAACCUACCGCCUGUUCACCUCCAACCUGCUGGAGAACAUCGCUCUGCACCUGGAAAAGGGCGUGACCGCAGCAGCAGAGCUGAACAGGAAGUCAGAUCCGGGGGCGGAGCAAAUCCUCAAGGUCGUUCUCCAAGGCUUUUGUUUCGAUGCCAGGAAGUUCAUUGUGACAGUGCAGAGCAAGUUGAAAGUGGAGUUGAAGAGAAAUCACCUGACUCAGCUGGACAGGAAACGACUCACUAUGUGUAAACAGGAACUGGAAGGUAUUAUUGCAGAGGUGGAGGUGAUGACCGAGAGGAAGAGGAACUCAUCAGGGAUAAAAGGGCUGCUGCAGGAGGCCACCAAGCUGUGCAGGCAAAUCCAGUUCCUGGUGGAAGAGCCUCAGCACACACUGCCAGAUGUGUUUGUGUGGUUGCUAAGCAACAACAAGCGAGUGGCCUACAGCCGCCUUAGGGCCAGAGACCUCCUGUUCUCAGGCAACCCUGAAGAGAGAGGGAGGGACUGUGGCAAGAUACACACUCUGUUCCUCAAGUCCCCAGGUAAGCGUUUGGCUCCCUGGUCGGUCCUAGCUAAGCUGGAUGUGUACCUUUGGCUGGGCAGCUGCAGUGAGUCUGGACACCUGCUGGAGGACCUCCCUGCAGGGUUCAACCCCAUCACAGAGGUCUGGGACCCGCUGGGACCCCCCACGCACCUGGUACCUGCAGGCCAGCAUGAGUUCCAGCUGCGAUGCCACAUGUACCAGGCCAGAGGGCUCAUCGCCGCAGACACCUCUGGCCUGUCUGACCCCUUUGCCAGGGUCACCUGUCUGUCCACCUGUCUCACUACUAACAUCAUCAACCAGACCCUGAGUCCUACCUGGAACCAGUGUUUGGUGAUGGAUCGACUGCUUCUGUCUGGAGACCUGAAGCUCAUCCAGCAGGAACCGCCUCGCAUCGUCAUCGAGGUGUACGACGACGACGCCCUGGGUAAGGCAGAAUACCUGGGGUCCACAGUAGCGGUGGCGGAGGUGUCCCUGCGGAGGCAGGGUCCCUACAGCGCUCCCAAGCUGCAGUACAGCAGACUGCAUCACGGCUCCCAGGAUGGAGGAGAGCUGCUCGCUGCCUUCGAACUGCUGGAGAUCCCAGAGUCUGGGGAGGAAGGGCUUCCUCCGCUAGAGGAAGUGGGCGGAAUCUAUCGUGUGCCUGCUAAUGUCUGCCCCGUCCUCAGCCACUAUCGCCUGGAGGUUCUGUUUUGGGGUUUGCGUGAGCUGAGGAAAGUUCAGUUGCUAUCUGUUGAUCGGCCUCAGGUCUUCAUAGAGUGUGCAGGUAAAACACUGCGAUCCUCUGUGAUCCAGAGUUACAAGUCCAGUCCCAACUUCACCACCUUGGUGGACACCAUCAGGCUGGAGCUACCAGAGAACGAGCUCCUCCACCCUCCUCUCUCCAUCAGUGUGGUGGACUGGCGUGCAUUCGGUCGCAGCACUCUGGUGGGAAACCACAUCAUCAACAACCUUACCUUCUAUAAAUACACCCCAGCGCCGCCCUCCCCCGCCUCCCUCCGAGGGCCUCCCGGCCCCGCCUCCCUUAGGGCCCCCCCCGGCCCUGCCUCCCCACAGGCCCCCCCUGGCCCCACACCCUCCCCUGAACCCCUGCCAGAAGUGUUGCAGCAGGGCUCAGAGACCGGCUCUACUGUACCGACCAAUCAGGACAUCCUGAUCACUGUAGAGGAGGAAGCCCCUCCUCCCACCCUGGCCACUGCCAGGACAGAAGCUUCUCUCAAGAAGAAAAAAAGCUUCCGCUCCUCCAAGCGUAAGAAGAGAACCAUCGCUGAUGAGUCGGCUGAGAACGUCAUCGACUGGUGGUCCAAAUACUACGCCUCUGUUGAGCGACUGGAGCAGUCAAGACAGAAAGAAGUUCAUCCCUUCCCCCAGGUGUUUGAUAAAGCUUCUUCUUUCCAGAAUCUUCUGAGUGACAGCGUCGCUGGUUUGGUCAGCAGCCAAUCAGAUACAGAGAAGAAGCAGAAAACAGAAGGAGCGCUGACCCCAACCAAACUAGCUACACUACUGCUGUAUGAUAAGGAGCUGGAGGUGGUGUUCGGUCCGUUCGAUGACUGGGUGACCUCGUUUGACCUCUACCGGGGCAAGGCCAAUGACUCCGAUGGCUCCAAUGACCAGAGAUUUGUGGGGAAGUUCAAGGCCCGGUUCUUUCUGAUCAAGCUGGACCAGGAUGAGGAAGAGGAGGAGGACCUUGGUCAGUUACGGGUCAACCGAGGAAUCCCUCCGAACGGACCCGCCAAGGUCCUGAUCCGGGUCUACGUUGUCUCGGCAUCAAACCUGCACCCUGCGGACGCGGACGGGAAGUCAGACCCAUACAUAGUCCUCCGCCUGGGGAGGAAGGAGAUCAAGGACAGAGAGAACUACAUCCCCAAGCAGCUCAACCCCGUGUUCGGGAGGUCGUUUGAGUUCCAGGCGGUCUUCCCCCAGGAUUCAGUCCUAUCAGUGCUGAUCUACGACUAUGACAUGGUGGGAGGAGACGAUCUGAUUGGAGAGACCAGGAUCGACCUGGAGAACCGAUUCUAUAGCCGUCACCGAGCGACCUGUGGCCUGCCCAGCGAAUACAGCCUGGCGGGCUACAACGCCUGGAGAGACAGUCUGAAGCCCUCUGAGUUGCUGGCUAAGCUGUGCAGAGACAGCCAUCUGGAGGAGCCUCUGUUCAGACCCGGCAGGAUCACAGUCCAGGACAAGGUCUUCACCGGCAAGACCGUCUUCAUGGACGAAGACGUCCCAGUGGAGUCCUACGAGCACCUGUCUCUGAAGAUCCUGCACCGCUGGGGGGAGAUGCCCUCAGGCUGCAGGCUGGUCCCGGAGCAUAUCGAGACCCGGACCCUGUUCAACAAGGCCAGACCCGGCCUAGACCAGGGUCAAGUCCAGAUGUGGGUAGAUAUGUAUCCUGCGGAUCUUCCUCAUCCUGGACCCUCAGUGGACAUCUCUCCACGCAAGCCCAAAGGGUAUGAGCUGCGUAUCAUCAUCUGGAACACUGAGGAUGUGGUUCUGGAGGACACUAACUUCUUGACGGGACAGCAGUCCAGCGACAUCUACAUCAAAGGAUGGCUGAAGGGUCUGGAGGAGGACAGACAGGAGACAGACGUUCACUACAACUCUCUGACUGGAGAAGGAAACUUCAACUGGCGCUUCGUGUUCCCCUUCCAUUACCUCCCCGCUGAGAAGGUGCUGGUGAUCUCCAAGCGGAGCAGUAUCUUCUCUCUGGACUGUUCUGAACAGAAGCUGCCGGCCGUUCUGGUUCUCCAGGUCUGGGACUUCGAGAGGCUGUCCUCAGAUGACUUCCUAGGCUCGGUGGAGCUGGACCUCCACUCCUUCCCCAGGGGGGGUAAGUCGUCUAAGAGCUGCAGGCAAGAGGCGCUGCAGGAGGCAGGGGACCGCAUCUCCAUCUUCCAGCAGAAGAGAUCCAGGGGCUGGUGGCCCUUAGAGAAGGCUGGGGACCUCACCGGUAAGGUGGAGGCGGAGUUUCACCUGGUGACAUCAGAGGAGGCAGAGAAUCACCCGAUUGGUCGAGCCCGCAAGGAACCAGAACCUCUGGAUAAACCAAACCGUCCAGACACAUCUUUCUCGUGGUUUGUGAAUCCCUUCAAGUGCUUCUUCCACCUCAUCUGGCGGAACUACAAGAAGUACAUCAUCGCCGCCCUCAUCCUCCUCAUCACUGCCCUCUUCCUUGCCCUGAUCCUCUACACGCUGCCAGGUGCCAUCUCCCAGAAGAUUGUCAAUGGAUAACACACAAUUUAUAGUAUCCACAUUAUCAGUUAGUUGUCUUCUAUAACUGUAUGUUUAGUUGAAUAUGUACUCUAGCCAUUACCACUGCUGCAACAAAGAGAACAUGCUUAUACUGUUAGUUGACAGCCUAAUUAAAGGAUAACCUGAUGCUACAUGAUACUACUGUUGGUUUAUAGCCUGAAUUAAGCUAACAUGCUAAUACUGCAAGUGUAUAGCUUGGUAAAAGCUAACAUGCUAAAACUGGUGGUAUAUCUAGUAGGAGAGUAUUUAAAGAGCAAGUAAACCGAAUGUUUCAGUUGGAAUUAAAACACACAGCAACUUUGUGAUAUUUCUUAGA